GGGCCGGGCCGGGCGGAGCGGCGGCGGCCCGGCGCGAAGAUGGCGGACGUGCUGAGCGUGCUGCGGCAGUACAACACGCAGAAGAAGGAGAUCGUGGUGAAGGGGGACGAGGUGAUCUUCGGCGAGUUCUCCUGGCCCAAGAACGUCAAGACCAACUAUGUCAUCUGGGGGACAGGGAAAGAGGGCCAGCCCAGGGAAUACUACACUUUGGACUCUAUCUUGUUCCUGCUGAAUAAUGUACACCUUUCACAUCCUGUUUACGUCCGGCGUGCUGCAACUGAAAACAUUCCUGUGGUAAGAAGACCUGACAGAAAAGAUCUACUUGCGUACCUAAAUGGGGAAACAUCAACGUCAUCAAGUAUAGACAGAAGUGCACCACUUGAAAUUGGUCUUCAGCGAUCCACUCAAGUUAAAAGAGCGGCAGAUGAAAUAUUAGCAGAAGCAAAGAAACCAAGAAUAGAGGAUGAAGAGUGUGUGCGUCUUGACAAGGAGCGACUGGCAGCUCGAUUGGAGGGGCAUAAAGAAGGUAUUGUGCAGACAGAGCAGAUCAGAUCCUUGUCUGAAGCCAUGUCUGUGGAAAAAAUUGCUGCUAUCAAAGCAAAAAUCAUGGCGAAGAAAAGAUCUACAAUCAAGACAGAUCUGGAUGAUGACAUAACUGCUCUUAAACAAAGAAGUUUUGUUGAUGCGGAGGUAGAUGUAACCAGAGACAUUGUCAGCAGGGAGAGAGUGUGGAGGACAAGAACUACAAUUUUACAAAGCACAGGCAAGAACUUUGCCAAGAAUAUUUUUGCAAUUCUUCAGUCAGUAAAAGCCAGAGAAGAAGGUCGUGCACCUGAACAGAGACCUGCACCAAAUACAGCACCAGCGGAUCCCACUUUACGGACUAAGCAGUCUAUUCCAGCUGCCUACAACAGAUAUGAUCAGGAAAGAUUUAAAGGAAAGGAAGAGACGGAAGGCUUCAAAAUUGACACUAUGGGAACCUACCAUGGAAUGACUUUGAAGUCUGUAACGGAAGGUGCUUCUGCCCGGAAAACUCAAACCCCAGCAGCACAGCCUGUGCCAAGACCAGUUUCCCAAGCAAGACCACCUCCAAACCAGAAAAAAGGAUCUCGAACUCCCAUAAUCAUUAUUCCAGCGGCUACAACUUCUUUAAUAACUAUGCUUAAUGCAAAAGACCUUCUGCAGGAUUUAAAGUUUGUGCCAUCAGAUGAAAAGAAAAAACAGGGCUGUCAGCGAGAAAAUGAAACUUUAAUACAGAGAAGGAAGGACCAGAUGCAGCCUGGGGGCACAACAGUCAGCGUUACUGUACCUUAUCGAGUGGUAGACCAGCCUCUGAAACUUAUGCCACAAGAUUGGGAUCGUGUAGUUGCAGUGUUUGUGCAGGGUCCUGCUUGGCAGUUCAAAGGCUGGCCAUGGCUAUUGCCUGAUGGAUCGCCUGUUGAUAUUUUUGCAAAAAUUAAAGCUUUCCAUCUCAAGUAUGAUGAAGUGCGUCUAGAUCCAAAUGUACAGAAAUGGGAUGUAACAGUAUUAGAAUUAAGCUAUCACAAACGGCACUUGGACAGACCAGUAUUCCUACGUUUCUGGGAAACUUUGGACAGGUACAUGGUAAAGCACAAAUCCCACUUGAGAUUCUGAAUCCUCUGGCUGCCAUUCAUUUUGUGGAGUGUGAUUGAGAAAUAUGAAAGAUGCUCCAGUCUGGAGACUAAGGCUCUCACUGUAUGCAUUUGUCAGAACUUUACAAAUGAAGAAAGGGUCACAGUUUAAUCUUUUAUAAGAUCUUGUUUGGAUGCUUCGUGUUAUGGCAGGUUAAUACCUGCUGUUAUUACAAGCAAAAGUGUUUUGCUUAAAACUAUUUUUUUAAUAAUGUUAGCCUUCUAGCCUGCAAAUCAAAUUGUAUAUUUUGAUAGCAGCAGUUUCUUCCCCAUUUUGUUAAGUUAGGAAAAUUUUUAAACAGUAUGCAUUUUUGUUCCUCAUUAGAAAAUAGGUUGAUCUUCACUGAAAGUUACAGUGUGUGUGUGUGUGUGUAUAUAUAUAUAUAGAGAGAGAGAGAGAGAGAUGUUAUAAGGCGCUCAAAAUGACUUUGCUUCUGAGUUUAGCUCUGGUGUCCUUUGCUUUAUUGUUUCACUUACUGAAAAUAUUUUGUUGUGAAUGGUAUUAUGUUUUAGUCUAUAGGACUUGCAAAACUAAGCAAAGUGACAAUUGUUUUGGAUAAAUCAAAAUGUCAACCUGUAUAUGUACUGUAUAUUCUGUUUUGUUGAAAACGGGAUGAUGAAAAAUCAAGAACCACUUCUUUGGGCUUAUAAUAUUCCAGUUUAACAAAUCUUUAAACUUUAUUACAAAUACAUUCAAGUAAUGUUAACACAGAAUGUCCAUCCUCCACACAGAUCCUUUAAUUUAAAAUUUCAAGUGUGUAUGUGUACACUACUACUUGUCAAAUACUUUAUAUAUGAGAGUCCAAACAUUGUAUAGACUAAAUAAUGAAUAGAACGAGGGAGAGUUUGCUUUUCUUAAGUCACCACAUGGAAUUAAUACUUUUAAUGCCAGUAUAUUAGAUAACCUCUUAUGUUUUUCCCUUAUGACAAAAGUAGCCCAAACCUUGUCUCCAGGAGUUGCCAUUUUCUAAUCUGAGCAGCUAAUGCAGCCUUCCAGCAGUACUGUACUUGUACUCAAAAUAAACCUACUCCAGUUACCAAAGAACACAUUUGCUUGAUCUAGAUUAUGAGCAUCACUAAGGCAAGAAAACACUGGUAUUUGUAUGAGUUUAUGGUAACUACUUACUUUAUGACAUGAUUUAAUAUAGUAUACCAGUUGAUAUAACAGAAUGAUUAAAUACUAUAACAUACUUUUCUGGGGUAGAAAAUGUGCUUAUAUUUCUGCUCUUAAAUUCUGAACCAUGUUUCUUAUGCUUUGCAUUUGAGGUUUAACAAAAGUAAACUAUUCUACAUAUUCAUUUUCUUUUGCUUUUAUUUCACAUUUUAUCUUCAUUUUUUAAUAUAACUUGAAGCAUAGCUCCUACAUAAGUUUUAGAACCAUACUGGCAUACCAGGACUCUGAGGUCCCAGUGGUUGUGGUGGUACUUAACAUUUUCAUCUCAACUGUUCUAAGACUACAAUUUUUACAUUUAAAACUAGGAAAAAUAAAAACCUCCCAAUUCAAUUUUUUUCAUAGCAAUUAAAAUCCACAUCAGUA